AGCGUUGGGAGCAUAAGGUGAUCGGCAAUUACGAUAAGCGCUCGACCAGUUGUAAGACUUGAAAACAGCGUAAGCACGCUUGUCGGUCGACUGCUGCUGACCAUACGAGCCUUACUGUCAACGACGAAGAAUAUCACGAUCGACGCAGAUUAGGGGCGAGGCGAUUAAAAAUACUGCGACGAAGGUCCACGUUACCAACUGAAGCGAGUCGACUUUCAUUCGGGACGAACUUUAGCGCUGGGGUCGAGCGCGGGUGACGAAAUGCGACAGAGUUUAUCGAAUCGCGCUGUCAAUGAGUAAGUCGGAGAGGCGUUCCUCCUAACCAUUGCGUAACUUGAAGCAGCCGUUGAAUACGGCAGUUGUGUCCGACGUACGUAAACACCACUUCGCGGUCGGUGCUCGUUCGAGCCUGUACGGAUGAGAAGUUUCGUUUUGGGCCAACAUACCGGUGAAUGAAAUACGUUUUGACGCCACACAGUCGGUCGUUUUCCAUAAAUUUUGAAGCGCUAUGGACUCCUGGACGAUCGUACUCGCGAUAUUGGUGAUAACAGUGGUAUACUGGUUCUCUACUCGUAACCACGACUAUUUCAAAAAACGUGGCGUUCCGUACGUCAGGCCAUGGCCGAUAUUCGGCAAUAUGGGCGAAUUGAUUUUUCAAACGAAAUCGAUGCCGCACGCUAUACAAGAUAUCUACAAUAGUAGCCCUGACGCGAAGUACGUCGGGUUCUACGACUUCCGAACUCCGAUCGUCCUGCUGAGAGAUCCCGAACUGAUAAAACAAGUCACGAUCAAACACUUCGACAGCUUCGCGAACCACAAGAUGUUCGUCGAUUCGCCGACGGAGCAGCUGUUCCAGAAAAAUCUAUUCGCCUUGAAAGACGACGAGUGGCGAGAAAUGCGUACGCUCCUCAGUCCGGCGUUCACGUCCAGCAAAAUGAAAAUGAUGUUCAAAAUAGUGUCGCGGUGCGCGGUCGAUUUCGCGGAAUUCUUGGCCGCUCAGGAUCCGCAACCCGAAGCGCAUGACGUAAAAGACUCCUUCGGGAGGUACACCCUCGACGUGAUCGCGUCCACGGCGUUCGGACUCUCGACGAACUCUAUGAAGGAUCGCGACAAUACGUUCUACACGGUGGGAAGGGACGUAACCAAUUUCGCCGGUGUCGGCAAGAUGAUCAAAUUCUUCGUCAUCAGGUGCUUUCCCAGGUUGGCGAGGUUCUUCAAGGUACAAAUUAUCGGCGACAAGGCGACGGACUACUUCAAAGACGUGAUAAAGUCGAACGUGGAGACAAGGGACAGAGAAGGGAUAGUGAGACCGGACAUGAUUCAGCUGAUGAUGCAGGCGGGGGACAGGAAGGAUAAGUCGAGCCUGUCCUUGGACGACAUGACCGCUCAGGCGUUCAUUUUCCUACUCGGUGGGUUGGAGAGUCCGGCAACGACGAUGAGCUUUGCCACCCAGGUGCUCGCGCUGAAUCCCGACGUUCGAACGAAACUGCGGGCCGAAAUCGACGAGGUGCUGGAAAAAAAUGCUGACGGAGUGUCUUACGAAGAUUUACACGCGAUGAAAUACUUGGACGCCGUGGUGAAUGAAACCCUGAGGAUGUUCACACCGGCUUUUGCCUUGGACCGAAUCGCUUCCAAGGAGUACAUCUUACCCCCCGCGUUACCCGGCCUCGAGCCGAUGAGGAUAGAACCCUCCCAAGGUAUCUGGAUUCCGGUUCACGCUCUGCAUUACGACGAGAAAUAUUAUCCGAACCCGGACGAAUUCGACCCGGAAAGGUUCAGCGACGUAAACAAGGAUAACGUUAACUCCUCGAUCUACAUACCUUUUGGUAUAGGUCCCAGAAUUUGUAUCGCGAAUCGUUUCGCUCUGAUGGUGAUGAAGCUCGCUUUGUUUCAUCUUCUUGCAAAGUGCGAUGUUUUACCGUGCUCGAAAACCAAUCCGAAAAUCAAGAUCAGCACCAAAGCUUUCACCCUACAGCCUGAAGGCGGCUUCUGGUUGAAAAUCCAAGCAAGGAAGUAGAUUUGCUGUUGUAAUAGUUUACUUGAAACGGCCAUUCAUUUUUAUACAAGAAUUUUCCAAUUCUUCACGCAAUACUCUUCUUGCAGAUCCAGCUAACUUGGCAACCAAGAGAAGAAAUCGAACCUAACCUUCACUUCCUUAUGCAAAUUUUUUCAAUUCUUGUAUUACGAUGAGAGAAUUUCUUUCACAGGGAUUCGUCAAACUUUUCAGAUUCAGUGAAGAGAACAACAACCAUCAACCAAACAUGAGAAUCGUAACUAACAUAUUUUUCGCGAUGAAUUGCAAAAUUUCCAUGAAGAAUCGUGUUACUCUAGAUAAUUGAUAGAGAACUGUUUAUUUUGAGCUUGUCAGCAUACUCGAUGAGAAAGAAAAAAAUUAAUUUCCUCUGUAAUAUACGGAGCGUAUACUGUCGACGUAAACGACACAACGUGCAACGUAUAAUUAAACACAAACACGAGUCGUUGGCAAUAUUGCUAUAAUUAUAGUUGAUCAUAACUCACACAUAUCUCUCCAAACUAGUAAACACUGUACGUAUCAUAAGAGUAUGAACAAGAAAUAAUAUUAUUUUUGCGCGAUAACCUCGAGUCAUCUCGCCAUCGUGCUGUGAUUCUACGAAUCGCUACGGAUUCAAUAAGAAGUCGAUCUUCAAAAAAUGCAACUGACGAUAUUAGGAGAUCCAACAACGUCAUCUCGGGUCGCAAAAAGUGAUGCGGAUAAAAUUUUAAGCGAAGACUUUGAGAAUGGAUAUUAUUCCUUAUUCCGAAAUGACGAAAAAUGAUCGAAAUGUUUGCGUCUCAUUAUCGUUCUUUUUUCCCCCCCUUAUCCGCCGUAACAAUGAACAAUUAAAAAAAAAAAGAAAUCAAAAAAUGUUAAUUUUUCAAUUAUUUCAUGAUCUAAAAUAGAGUCGACCCCAUUAAUAAAUAAUCACCAUACACAUACUGGUAUAAAGUAAUGAACUCCCAUUACAAUCGCGCAAAAAAGUCGCACAUUUCCAGACCCAUUUCUAAUGACUUUUAAUACGCGAUGAAUCAUCAGACACAAAGCUAUUCUUGAAUUAUUCAGAAAAAACAUGAUUAAAAAUCUAACUAACAAUAAGUUACUAUCAUCAAUUGUGAAAAACGGUGGGUACAGUUGUCCCUAAGUUCACUUAUUGUUUUCAUCCAAUUCCCGUGUCGGUCGAGUGGAGCCGACGAGUCUUGGACUCAUCGCCAAUGUCAUUGUCAAUGUCAUGUAAAAUUUUUAUCAUGCGUCACAACAAUGAACUGAUUGUCAGAAAAUACGUUCUACGCAGCACACUCCAGUCGGACAUGAGCUCGGAGCUAUAAUCUUUCCGUCGACACGUACACGGUGAAAUUUCCAAAUAUUUUAUACCUGCGCUCACACAAAACAAAACCAACAUAUCGAAUCAAAACAAGUACGAUGACGAAGCGAUUGCUUCCCGUCGCCAAUAGAGAUAUGAACAGUCUUUUUUCAGACUGACCGCAUCUUAUUGUGUGCGUGACGGUCAAGUGCGGCCAAUUAGAUACGUUCGUGUGGGACGCUAUCGUACACCGACGCUAUCAAUGAGAGGUGAUUGAGGAGUUUAAUCGUUGAAUGUUAUGUCAUUCAGAAGCACUCGUUUCAGACCGCGGCGAAAGGUAACGUACAUGAAACGCUUUAGCGCUAUCGGUACUUGAGAAUAUAAUCAGUGAAGCUGAUGGGAUUAGGAUUUUGACGCAUGGCUUAUCGUUUACCACGACCAUCGAAAUGUUAUGAUCUUGCUCGCAAUAUAGCAAACGAUAUUGACGAAUGUACUAAUUGUGUAUUUACUUUUUACUCUUGAUCCGAACGGUCUUUCAAAAAGUAAAACAUCCCGAGCUCUGAAACAUCGCCGAUCGUUGGUAACUUGGGUUUUUCAGUAAAAAAAAUGAAGAUAAUCUAGUACAGUGGAUUGAACCUGAAAAUGAAUUUCAUGGAUGAUUAUCCUCGACUUUCUUUUGUUCGAAUUAUUUCUCACUCGCUUCUAAAUAAAUUGAAAAAUUGAAGAGAAA